AUCUGCACCAUGGAUCACUGCAGAGACAGAGUCAAAAGUCUUCCCCUGUUUAAAGGCAAAAAGAUCAGAGCUCCAAGUGUGAAGAAACCUUCAAUAAGGCUGAAAGCAGAACCUGCUCCGGGCCAAGCGUCCUCAUGUCUGGCCUGGUGCCUGCCGGUCCGCGCUCCCAGACCGGACCCAGCUGAAUCUGAAUGUGUUGUUGAGCAAAAAGCUGCAGCUCGGAGUGAAGCUAAUGGAAUAACCAAGACCAUAUUGAAAAUGCCCAACAAGAAGAUGUCACAGGAAGACGAGGAGCGCUGGAGCGCCAUGUGUCCCCCUGGGGACAAGGACGCUGAGACAAAGGUUUGGCUGAAAGAGUGUCUGCAAAAGCUGGGAGACAGGGAGCUGCAGUACUUCCACCGCUACCUUCGGACCGCGGACAAGUCCAAGGACGGCUUCAAGCCGAUGAAAAAGAUCCGUCUGCAGGGUGCGGACAGACUGGACACCGUGGAGCUGAUGGUGCAGAUGUACCCCAAAAAGAUCAGAGUGGUCACAGAGAAGAUUCUGGAGAAAAUCACCACAAAUAAAGAAAAUGAUGUGCAGAACUGGCUCCUGGACACUUUGGACAAAAUGGACGACAAGGAGCUGAAGUACUUCCACUGGUUCCUGCAAACUGCAGACGAGUCCAAGGACGGCUUCAAGCCCAUCCAACAAAAGGAGCUGCAGGACGCGGACAGACUGGACACAGCAGAUCUGAUGGUGCAGACGUACACCACCAACACCAAGGAGGUCACCAAGACCAUCCAGAAGAAGAUCAAGAGCAGUAAAGGCAAAGGUUUACCUGAAGCUGAGAAGCAGAUGAAGAUAUCUUCUCCAGCGGCUGCUGAAGAGGAAGAGCUCUCCAAGAUGCUGGACCAGUUUGUCAAGAAAGCUCCAAAGGAAACCCUGACCCAGCUCUCAGAGGCUCUGGUAGCUGAUGGAGUGCUGAAGUCCUCUGAGAAGGAAAACAUCCUGCAGAAGAACCACACCAGAGCCAACAAAGCCAGCUGCCUUGCUGACACCGUCAUGGCUAAAGGAACCGGGGCCUGCAAGAAGAUGAUUGAUCACCUGCAGACAGUGGAUGCUCCACUUUCCUCCAAGCUGGGGUUGCUCUCUGGGCCGUCUGCCCAGCAAGAUUGCUGUUCACCAGAACCCGACUCGGAACCAUCAUCUGAACCAAAAGCUGGUGGCCUGAAAAGUAUAUUUGGUUUCAGUCCUUCAAAAGGCUCCUCUGCCAAUCAAAAAGCUGAAGGGAGUCGAGACGAAUCCUGGCACCAGAUCUGCCCAGAAGGGGACAGUGAUGCUGACAUAAAGGAGUGGCUGAAGGAAUCUCUGGAAGACCUGGACAGCAGGGAGAUGAAGUACUUCCACUGGUUCCUGCAAACUGCAGACAAGAACAAGGACGGCUUCAAGCCCAUCAAGAAGAGCCGCCUGGAGCACGCAGACCGACUGGACACGGUGGACCUGAUGGUGCAGAUGUACACCACUAACACCAGGGAGGUGGCAGACAAGAUCUUCAGGAAGAUCAAGAAAAACAUAGGACAUGCUUUUAAAAACUGGCUUCUGGACAUUUUGGAAGAGCUGGACGACCGGGAGCUGAAGUACUUCCACUGGUUCCUGCAAGCAGGAGACAAAUCCAAGGACGGCUUCAAAGCCAUCAAGAAGAGCCGUCUGGAGGGUGCAGACAGGCUGGACACGGUGGACCUGAUGGUGCAGACCUACGCCGCCAAGACCAAGGAGGUCACCAAGAAGAUUAUGGAGAAAAUUGAGAGCAACAAAGACAAAGUUAUUCCUGAAGUCGACCAACAGAGUGAGCUGUCGUCUACUGCUGCGGAAGAAAAAGUGCUCACCAGGAUGCUGAAUGACUUUGUGGAGAAAGUACCAAAGGAGACCUUCAACCUGCUCGUGGAGGCUCUGAUAGGUUCAAACGCCCUGAAGUCGUCAGAAAAGGAGGAAAUCCUGCAGAAUCACACCAGGGUAAACAUGGCCAGCUGCUUUGUUGACAUCGUGAUGGAGAAAGGAGCCGACGCCUCCAAGGAGGUGAUCACCUGUCUUCGAACCAUCAACCCUAAACUGUCCACUGAGCUGAGCACACCUUCUAGUCCAGAUAACAAGGUGAAGAAGAAUCCCUUUUCUGGACUGAGGAUUAAGAGGUUGUUGUCGGAGGAGCAGGAGGAAAGCUGGCACCAGAUUUGUCCUCCGUGGGACAAGGACGCUGAGUUAAAGCACUGGUUGAAGAACACUUUGGAAAAUUUACGAAACAAGGAUGUGAAAUAUUUCCGCUGGUACCUGCGGACCGCAGACGAGUCCAAAGACGGCUUCAAACCGAUCCGAAGGUGCCGGCUGAAGUAUGCGGACCGACUGGACAUCUUGGAUCUGCUGCUGCAGAUGUACCCGACAAAGACCAAAGAGGUGACAGAGAAGAUACUGGAGAAGAUCAAUAGCAAUAAAGCACAGCAAUGGAUCCUGGACUUUUUCGAAGAGUUGGGGGACAAGGAGCUGAAAUACUGCCAGAUGUUGCUGCAGAGCAGAGACAAGUUGAAGGGUGGCAUCAAGUCCCUGAAGAGGGUUCCUGUGGAGGACGGAGAGAAGGUGGACGCAGCAGACGUGAUGAUGCAGAUGUACAACUCAGAUAGCCGGGAGGAGGUGGAGAAAGUCCUGAACGAGCUGAAGGAGAGCACAGAGGAGGCUUUAUCUGAAGCAGACCAGAGUAAUCCACUGUCUUCACCUGCAGCAGCAGCCGCAGCAGAGAAGGGAAUGAAGAACAUGCUCCUGGACUUCAUCAGGAAGGUCUCCAAGGAGACCCUGGAGCAGGUCCUGGAGGCCCUGGUGGCGGAGAAGGUGCUGUCCUCCUCAGAGAGGAAAGCUGUCGUUGAGAAGAACCACACCAGGGUGAACAAGGCCAGCUGCCUGGUGGACCUCAUGUUUGAGAGGGGAUCUGAAGACUGCCAGAAGGUCCUGCACCAUCUGCAAAGCAUCGACCCAGCUCUUCACUCUGACCUGAGGAUCUCUCAGCAAGCGCUCUUCAAACGUAUCCGAGCCCGGCUGAACAACGGGAAAGCAAAGGAUGGAGAAGAGGAGGAGGAAGAGGAGGAGGAGGACGGAGCAGAAGAAUGAGGAGGAGCACUAAGAGGCCCAGUCAUAGUUGCAGCAGCCAGUGGAAAAAAGCCAUCUUAUGUAUAUGUAUAGUUAUUUUUACUAAAGUUACGAGGUCUAGAUUUAUCCCAGCAUCCGGUGUAAGAACCUUGGGGUUCUCCAGGGUUCCUCAGGUCUCAUAGUUAGUGGUCGUCUAGAUGAUUUGUCCUGGUUGGAUUCUAAAAAUGUGCCUGUGAAAGAGGUUUAGACUUCAUUCUGUGUAAAUAAUCCACCUAAAGACCUUAAGCCAGCUGAUUGGUUCUCGUUUAAACGUCGGCUGUGUUCUAGAAUAAAUACCACUGUUUUACUGCUGGUGGUUUCGGGUCCUUUCUGUAUCGCUGUUUCUGUAACGGAGCUUGUUGUUGCUGUAAUAAAACAAUAAAUCUAAA